AUGGACAUCGACAAAUCCGCCGCCCCACCUCGACCACGCCCCCGACGAACCGUCAAGAGAUGUCUCUGCAUAUCAUGUAUCCUCCUCGCCUGCGGUAUAGGGGUAUUCCUCGCUGUCACUGUAUUCUCAGCUGCUAAAACUACCAUAUCAUGGUUCAAAGACCCUCAUAAAGCUCUCGUAUAUAACGGGACAAUCACACCCAACUUGUCAAGCUCUCAGGUGGUCAGACCGUUGAUCGAUCUCGAGACGAAGUUUGAUAUCUUAUUUACGGUGUAUGGUAGAAUACCGAAUGAUGAGGUGGAAGAUGAGAAGCAGAGAAAGGAAUAUCAAGAUCAGAUUGAUAAAGAUACGGAAACGGAUACCGAGACUUAUACGGGGAACGAAUUAGCUCUAUCAGCGAGAGUGGGUAGAUCACCUGUAGAGAUUAGGUAUCUCCCUCAAGAGAGGACGAUCUAUCAGAAUGUAGUAUUCAGAGGGUUGACAUUGGAGGAUAAGGAUGUGGAAAAGACUAUCAACUUUGAUCUACCAUUGAAAAGGUUCUACGACCACUUCCUCUACGCACCGGACGUACGGGCUGCUAUUGCACUGUUACCACAACGACCUAGUAAAUUAGACAGAUUAGAUAAUUUCACAAGUUGGAAACCUGAAGAAGCAGAAUUCCCUAUUCGAAUAGAUGACAACUUCAUAGCCACUUCGUCUCUCUACCCUCGUACCGAGGAAUAUGCUAUCCAAUGGAAAGCUCUCGAACAGAUGACUUACGCAUUUCCACUUAUCGAAUUCUUCAAUCACGGUGAUCCAUGUAACUCUACCAAAGCUGAUUCAGAUGAGGAUGAGCUCGAAGAAGAUGAUUUGUAUGCUAGUAUCAUAGCCGACGUAGAUGGACACCAGGAGCCGCCGAAGCCUGAUGAGGAGAACGAGAAAUCGGAGAAGGUGAAGAACGUGAAAAGGGAGAAAUCAUGGAUGCAUCCUCAUAUAGUGACUAGAUCGCAUGUGUAUGUUAUGAAGGAGACGAGAUUGCUCGAUAGGAAGGCUUAUGAUAAAGCUCAUAAGGAACUGCGCAAAAACGCCUGCGGUAAAGGCUCUUUGGGUCAUCACGUCUCGAGAUUCCUUUGCUCCAGGACAUAUGUAUCAAAUGGUUAUUGGGAAAAUCGAUUCGUCCUGAACCCAUUAGAAGGUCAGAAGAAUAAAGAGUUGGCUUAUGGACCUUAUAUUGAUGCGAUUUUCCAUGCUGCGGGGCCUAAGGAUGUCCACGCCCUUCCAGUCAGUCGACACAAUUGCUCCGCUUCGAACAAUAGCACGAUUAUAUCAGAGCCAGUCCUCGAUCCAGAAUAUCUCCCAGUCAAUUACACCAUCCGAUUCUCAUCCCUCACACCAGCAAGAGUAGGCUUGUUAAACCAUUUCGUUCAGCCUAAACGAGUGUCACACAAUGCUAGUGAAUUCGAGAUUGCCCAUUCUCAUAAUGAGUGGGAACAGGCCAGUGGGGUAUUUGGAGCCAAGAAAGAAGGUACUCACCCAAUUCGACGUUUGAUCAUCACCACUCUAAGGACUUUAGUGGCUUUCCCAAUCUUAAUCUUAAAUCUCAUCUAUUGGUAUACUCGAACGACUACAGUGGGUAUCAACCAUCCUGCUGCGUACAUCUCUUCUGGUGGGAUGAUCAUCAACGCUUUGGUAUCUCUCGGACAGGGAUUCAAGGAGAUUGACGGAUGGUCAGAUGGAGUGUUGCUGGUGUUAUUGAGUACAUUAGAGUUCAUACCUGCCAUCUUACAGCUCAAGGUAACUCUCCCGAUCGAAAUGGUAAGGAACGGUUGGUGGAAAUUUAAUUUGAAGAGAUGGAGGUGGAGUCAUAAUGAGCGAAAUAGUAUGAGGAGAGGAACAGGGAUAGAUCCAAAGAUUUGGAUAGGAAUAUUCUUAUCUCUCUUCUCGAUUAUCUAUUUCCCAAAUAAAUACUCACUCGCGAUCCUUCAUCCAUCCAUCCUCCCUCCUCCACCUAUCCCUUCUGAGUCUUCAUCAGCAAUAACAGCAAUCCAUGAAUCACCCAUAUUCGCAGCCUUGUCACGCUCAUUCGAGAUUUUCGCAUUGAUCUUACAAAUAUCUCAUAACGCUCACAACUCGACUUUCGCGGGUAAUUACAAAUUAACUACAUAUAUGAUUAUGGGAUAUAGGGUAUCGGAAUUGGUAUAUUUCGUACCGUUCAUCGUGGGGACGUACGAUCUGAGGAUGGGUAUAGCUUAUAUUACUGUUAUAGAAGUGGCUAUUGAAGGAGUGCUGGUUUGGCAAGCUUGGAAGUUACCUAAGAUAGAUCAGAAGUUGGAAGAAGAUCAGAAUCAAGUUGGCAAUUAA